GGAAACACCCUCGACCUCGAGUUCUCAGCUCGAAAGAGAGAAAGAGAGAGAGAGAGUGAUCGAUCCAGAGAGCAAGCAUGGAUCUCCGAGUGGUAGCCCUAAUGGCGGUGGUGCUCCUUGCCUUCUUCUCCGGCAUUGUAGCUGCUUCUCGCCCCGGCGGCGAACUCUACAUCCGACCGAAGCCACGCAAAACCCUAUGGCUUCCAUGGCGUCCUCGCCACUCCUCCGAUCCUCAACAAGUUCAUAUCUCUUUAUCAGGUGAGAAUCAUAUCAGAGUUUCAUGGAUGACCUAUGAUGGAUCAUCGCUACCAAUUGUCGACUAUGGUAUCGCGCCGGGGGUGUACUCCUCAUCGUCGUCUUUCGGGGAGACCACCUCUUACUCCUACUUGCUCUACGAUUCCGGGAAGAUCCACCAUGUCGUCAUUGGUCCUUUGAAGCCGGACACCGUUUACUACUACCGGUGCGGCGGGAGGGGCCGUGAGUUCCAUUUCAAGACUCCGCCAGCUAGGUUUCCGAUAACCUUUGCCGUUGUCGGCGAUCUUGGGCAGACUGGAUGGACAGCGACGACGCUGGAUCACAUUGGGCAGAGUGAGUAUGAUGUUCUUUUGCUUCCUGGGGAUCUCUCGUAUGCAGACUAUAUGCAGCACUUGUGGGAUUCUUUCGGUGAGCUUGUGGAGCCGUAUGCGAGCUCGAGGCCAUGGAUGGUGACAGAGGGGAACCAUGAGAAGGAGAGUAUACUCCUCUUCAAAUCAGGGUUUCAGGCUUACAAUGCGAGGUGGAGGAUGCCUUAUGAGGAGAGUGGAUCGCCUUCCAAUCUUUUCUACUCGUUUGAGCUUUCUGGAGUUCAUGUUGUUAUGCUUGGAUCUUAUACGGAUUAUGAUGUCUCCUCUGAUCAGUAUGCUUGGCUCAAGGCUGAUCUCGCUAAAGUAGAUAGGGUGAAGACCCCAUGGUUAUUGGUUCUAUUGCAUGCGCCAUGGUAUAACAGCAACUAUGCUCAUCAAGGUGAAGGCAAUAGAAUGAUGGCUGCAAUGGAACAAUUGUUGUACGCUGCUGGCGUUGAUCUUGUGCUUGCUGGUCACGUGCAUGCAUAUGAACGCUCGGAACGUGUUUACAAUGGUGUCUUAAAUAAUUGUGGUGCUGUGCACAUUACAGUUGGUGAUGGUGGUAACAGAGAAGGUUUAGCUGAAAGAUUCUGUCAACCAAAACCAGAAUGGUCAGUCUACCGGGAAGCAAGUUUUGGUCAUGGUGAGUUGAAGAUCAUGAAUCAAACACAUGCACUCUGGACCUGGCAUAGGAAUGACGAUGAUGAAACUGUGAAAUCAGAUGAGGUGUGGAUCAACUCACUGGCCAGCUCUGCUUGCUUUGCCAGUAGAAUGCCUGAUCUCCGAAAGAUCUUGAUGGCUCCUUGAAGACAAGGGGUUGUGUUGAAUUAAACAAUAACACUUCUUUGUACAUAAAGGACUAUAUAUAUAUAUAUAUAUAUGUCUCCUUUUCACCUAAUAUAUCCCCUCGCAUCCAUUGUAUUGCAUGCAUGCUGAGGGUGAUUUCAGUUUAAAUUAGUAAAGGAAGGGGAUCCAAUGUAAUCAUACCCAAGUAAGAAUAUCUAGCCAUCAUCUAUCAUAUUCUUUCCUAAUAUCUGCUGGUUAUUUUGUAACUUUAAAUGACUGGUAAGAUUAAUGUUUCUAUUGCU